GCCAGUGAUUCCCAAUUCGCCAAUUCGACAAUGUGGCCGACAAACACUGGCCAGCGUGUAGAGGAGCCUUCAGAACAGAGGCGUGGUCGACGAUCAGCUGGAACCACACCUCCUGCCACGCCUUUUUGAUUUUGAUACUUGCCAGUUGUCAUUUAAAUUUGGUUGAGGUUAUGUAUGAUAUAUUUUAAAAAAAAGGAAAAACAAAAAAUGUCUUUUUACAAACACUCGUUCAAAUUAUUGAAAAAUGUUACAAGCAGAGCUUGCUACUGGAACAGAUUAGAAACACGCCAAAUCCACAGAUGGGUGGCCCCCACUUUGAAAGUACUGAAACAUAGAAGAGACAGUCUGGGACCUGAACCUCAAAAGCCAAGAUCCUCUUUUAUAGAAUGGAACUAUGAAGCUGAACUAUUUGCUUUUGGAAAAAGGUUAGGGGAUGAGUUUGAUAAAAAGCUACUUCAUCAGGCGUUAACAUCAAGAGAGUACGCGAAUUUAAAAGAGUUUCAAGCUCAAGAAAAAGGUAUAGAAUUAACAGACAAUGUCCAUAAUGAUGAAUUAAUUCAAGAGGGAGAAGAGAUUAUUUUAAAGACUAUCAAAGAAGAGUACAAAAAAGACUACCCAGAAGAUCUUGUCAAUGCAGUUUGUAAUUAUUUAACUAGUGAGGAUAUGCUGGGCUCUCUAGGCAAAGGCAUAGGACUGAAAGAUAUUGUUUUAACUAAUGAGUUUCCUGUAGAAACUAAAACCCUAUCAAAUGCCUUUAAAGCAAUAGUAGCAACUGUGCAAAGAUCUUCAAACUCAGCAAGUGCACAAAAAUUUGUACAAGACUUUGUCCUUGCUCAAAUGAAUGGCAAAGAUGUGUAUGAGAUCUGGAACCCUGCUGAACCAUACAAGUACCUCACCGAAUUGUUAAAUGAAAAAGGCAUCACAAGCAUUGAACCUAGACUGUGCAAUGAAUCUGCAAAAAAUACCAUUUUGGCAUGUUUCCAAGUUGGGCUUUACAGUGACAAAAAACUUUUGGGAAUAGGAUGGGGAGAGAAUGUUGACAUAGCAAAAGAAACAGCAGCCUUGGACGCCAUUCAAAGGAUACACAAAAACCAACCAAAAACUCAAUAGUAUUGUUUAAUUUCUUAUAAAAUUCAAUAAACGUUCUGUUAUAAAAAUAUGUGCAAAAUAUAUAUCUACAAAUUAAGUACGGAAUUUUGAAAGACGGU